UGCAAGAAGGUGUAAGAAGCAAAGAUUGAGUUUGUGUUGAUCCUGUGAUCCUCUGAGCUCCUUUUGGAAAUCUCUUUGUCAUCAAAUUUGAUCUCUUUGCUCUCAGUGUGACACACAUUCAAAUCCUCAACUUUGUUUAUACACAUAUAUAGUAGCAUUUGGAGGCUAGAUCUACUACUUUGCCUACUCUUUCACAUUGGUGGAUUGAGCUAUCAAAUUACACAACAUUUGAUAAAGUCUGCUAUAAUAUCAAAGGGAAGCUCCAAGAUUUCCAUAAGAAACUACAAGCUACUUUUGUUUCUUAGUAUAUAUACCUUAUUUUAAUCCUCAUGUUUGGUGCAUGUGUGUAUAGUUGCCUCAGUCAGUAUGGGUUUCCUCACUCAGUGAUGAUGAUUCUUACGGUUUCUAUAGAUAUGUAUAGAUUGUCCAUAAUAAAGAUAAUAAUCACAGUAGCUUGUAGUAAUAGUAUUACAUAGGGGAGAAAGAGUGAGGAUGAAGUUGAAAGAGGAGAAAGAGGAGAGAGAGAGAGUUUGUGUGUGUGUGCGAGUGUAUGAGAAAGAGAGAGAGAGAGAGAGAGAGAGAGAGGGGCAGGGAGAGGGAGGUCUGUGCGGGGAGACGGAGCUUGCCGUCUGGAAAACAGCAUCUUUCCCUCCACUCUGCUCCUCCCCUCUUCCCCUCUCGGCAUCUCUCCCACGCUCCAGAGCUCAGCCUUCAGCUCCCCGGAUCCUCCCCAAAUUCUUCCGAGAUGACCCGUGUGAUCUGAAAGCAGAGUGCAGCCCCACCAUGGACAACGAGAUAACAGCGAAGGAGAGAGGCGUCCUGGAGGAGAACAACGAGAAGGAGGAGAUGGACCAGGAGAGGGCUCAGGAGGAGGAGGGGGAAGAGAAGAAGCUGAAGGAGGAGGAAGGCGAGGGGGAGGAGAAGCAGAGGAAGGAGCAGGAGCCGCUGACAGAGGAGCAGGAGCUGGAGGAGCUGAGGGCCCAGGUGCUGCAGCUGCUGCUGGAGCUGGAUGAUGCCAGAGAGACCUCCAACAAACACCAGGAGAGCUUCCACGAGCUGCAAGGUCUGCUGGAGGAUGAGCGUCUGGCCAGUGCCCAUCAGGCUGAAACCUUCACUCGCCAGAUUCAGAAUCUACAAGCCCAGCUGCGCUCCGUGCAGGAGGAGAUGGACAGCCUGGAGGAGGAGAAGGAGAGCGAGCUGGCUGAGGCCCAGGAGGAGCUGCGCGUGGCCCAGGAGGAGGUGCUCCUGCUCCAGCAGGCGGCCGAGGAGGCGGCGGCAGAGCGGGAGAACGACAUCGCCUCGCUGCAGGAGGAGCUGUGUCGCCGGCGGGCCGAGCUGCAGCGCCUCAGCGACGAGACGCAGGAGUACGAGCUGGAGAUCACCACGCUGAGGGCCGAGAUCAGCAUGAAGAGCCAGCGCAGGGAGGCCGAGAGGAGAGAGGGUGACGUGGACCUGCUGAAGGAGGAGUGCCGUAUGCUGAAGGAGGAGUGUCAGACCCUGAAGGAGGACAACAGACGUCUCUCUGAGAGGCUGCAGCUGCUGCAGAGACAGAGGACAUGCUCCAGCGUCUACCUGUCGCUGAAGGAGGAAGACGCAGGAGAGGGCACGGAGGGGAAGGAGAUGGAGAGCGGCUCAGAUGAGGUCAUGACCGAGAGCUACAUGACCAUGGCCCAGUCUGAGAACUGCCGACUGGUGGACGCCUCCAUCCAGAAGAAUAUUUCAUUUGACGGGAAGCCCAUGACACCGACCGGCUGGAACGGAGGCAUCGCAGAGAUCUUCUCCCUGAGGGACCAGCUCAAACAGGCGGAGGAGAAGGCCUCACAGGUUCAGAGAGAGUGUGACGGUCUGAAGAUGGAGCUGCAGGAGCUGCAGGUACUGUAUGACAGCAGCCAGAGGGAGAGAGCGGAGCUGGAGGAGGAGCUGCAGCGCUGCAAGGCAGAGCUGGAGAAGCUGUCAGAGGGUGCUCAGAGAUUCAUCCAUCCGUCUGAGCACCCUGUUCUCUCCAUCCCCUUCAUAGGAAUGAUUGUAAUAGUGGCUGUGGUCUGGUGCUGGUUGUCGGAGCUGGCGUCCCAGAGGGCAAGGGGAGUGAGGUAGGUUGGAACUCCAUUUUGACCAUCACCGCAGCCACAGCGGUGCUGCUGAUGAUGACUAGCUUGUUGAGAGCUCUCGUCCGAUGUUGACUGGAUGGGCAACAACUGCACAGGGACAGACGUCCGCUUCAGACCAGCCCUCGUUCUCUCCUGCCGUGUCUAUAGACUGAACUGGAGCUCUCUACACCUGAUACAGCCGACGCCUGCGUUGUAGAAUAUGUGUGGAAAAAUUCGGCCUCUAACGAGAAGGUACUGCACCGAUGCUGAGAGUGAUGUGCUCAGGCUCACCUGAGAUAUGAGACGGCUGUGAUGAUGAGUUCACCUGCAGAGAGCCCACACGAGGACAUGAUCUCACUCCACUAAAUGUUUGCUCGUGCUGUGUCAUUCCUCCUCCGUGUCUGUGUUAUUUUUCCCUCCUUCAGCUAACAAUGUGAUGAAAUUAAGGUUUUGAUUAUUAAUGUGCAGCAGCUGGCUUUCGAUUUAUUUAACCAUUAUUUAUUUAUUUGUUUGUUUAAAAUAUUGUUCAUAGUUGUCUUUGAUAAUAAUGACUAACAUGGAGUCUGGACAUUUAGUGCACUGAAAUCCCUGAAAUCCCUCAUAAUAAAACAGUUCUCUCUUAAUAAGGUCACUAUUAAUUAAUAGAAUUAAAAUUAGUUGUUGCUUCUCCCAAAAUACUAGAUACAAUAAAUGUACAUACUGCAAAACUGGAUUUAAAUAUACAAAAUCUCCAUGACUAUCCUGUAAAAGUUCAAAAUACAACUCUGAAACAUCAAAUUGACUGAUAUGUCUUUAUAGAGAGAACAGGCACUGCUAACUAAGCUCCUGUCCCCAUCAGCACGUGGCUGAUGUUCAACCAGACGUCACGCCUCAUGGUUGGAACCAGCUCUUCUUCACAGUGUUUUUCCGGUUAUGUGCUUCGCUGCCUCACAACUGUCUUGUGUCUGACUCUGAAACCUGACAGCUCCCACCUUCCCCUUUAAUUACCAGUUAAGCAUGAUGCCAGGAAGCCAGCGCAGUAUUUUUGAAUCAUCUUAGAUGCUCACAGGUCACUCUGAAAAUCUGAAAUCCCCCAUGAACACGUCCAGUAUGGUUUGCUGUAGUUUCGUAAAGAUGCUCAGCAAGUUUGGGUGCAAAUUCCAGGAUUAUCAAGCUAUAUUAUGAUUUUGAACUCCAGCUUGAUUUCAAUGUGGAGAAAUAAACCUUCUUUUCCUCUGCAGCAUGAUUCAAACAGCUUGGUUUCCAAGUGCAUUAUUAUUCAGAUUUAUGGUGAUCGCAGGGUUGGUGAUCGCACCUAGGCACGACAUCCGCUCACACCUCGAUUAAACCACUGAAGCCACUAAAGUGAAAAAUCAGGGACAGUUAGAUGUGAGGGCAUUUUAGAAAUUGUUAAGGGUUCCAAAAUAUGUAAAUAGGAAGGUGACAGAAAAUUGCAGUUUGUUUAAGCAUCAAUUACAAUAAAUCUAUAUAUAUAUAUGUGGAAGGACUCCGAUUAUUGUUUACAUCUGUGAAAUGUUUUUCUUUUUUAUUGUUAAAAUAUUUUAGAACUGAAAAGCAUGCUAGAAAACAUAUAGAAAGCACAAUAUAUAAUUUAUGUUGAAUCAGUUACUUUGUAUUUCAUGUAAAUAGAUGUGACAUAUAGUACUAUGGGAGAGAUAUUUCUUAAAUCCAUUUGUACUAGCUUUGUAGAAAGUUUAUUCUAUUUUGAAAGAGCAUCGUAUAUUUGAUAGCCAGAUUAUAUGCUGUGUAAAUGUUUAUGGUGACGUUAUUCAGAACAAAUGCUCGCAUUGCUGAUCAUAUUCAGUACCUCUCGGUUCAUAGGUGUAGUCAUUGCAUGCCUUUAGAUUGCAUUUGAUCUUGGUUGGCCGAAAGAGCAACGUGACUCCUGUUUUUUCCAGUCUGCUAGAUUUCAGAGCUGUAUUGAAAUCUCUUCUGAAACAUCUGUUAUUAAACAGAGCCCUGAUGAGCAAUGCCUGACCUGAUGUUAUUUCUGCAUAUGAACAUACACUAAGCUAACAAUGUGCCACUGGACUGCAAGUGUUGUCACUGUCUAUUUAAAAAAAUAUAUCAGUUUGCAAUUAUUUCUGAUUGCAAUGGUACAUAAUGAAUGUUGUCUGAUUCAGAACAUGACUUUUCAUUAUUUCUCAACUCCUUUCAUUAACUUUAUCAUAGCUUCACAAGCUUAUGUAAUGCACAGUGUUUCUCAGCUCGUUGCUUUACAUAUUGAUAGCAUUGUUGUUUCAAUAUAGUCGUUGCUAUUUUGUUACCUGGAGGUCUAUUUUGUACUGUAAAUGACUUGAGAAAAUAAAUAUACCCACCCCACAUGA